AUGGAGAAAGAAAUCAAGAUUCUGGUUUUGAUUAUCGGUGCAGGACCAGCCGGUUUAGCAACAUCAGCUUGUCUUAACCGGUUGAACAUACCAAACAUAGUAGUGGAAAGAGAUGUUUGCAGUGCCUCUCUGUGGAAAAGAAGGUCUUACGAUCGUCUCAAGCUCCACCUCGCAAAGCAAUUCUGUCAACUCCCUCACAUGCCAUUCCCCUCAAACACUCCUACCUUCGUCUCCAAGCUAGGUUUCAUCAAUUACCUUGACGAAUACGCCACACGUUUCAACGUAAACCCUAGGUACAACCGGAACGUCAAAUCCGCGUACUUCAAAGAUGGUCAAUGGAUCGUGAAGGUGGUGAACAAAACCACGGCGUUGAUAGAAGUUUACUCGGCGAAGUUUAUGGUUGCUGCGACGGGAGAGAAUGGCGAAGGUGUGAUUCCAGAGAUUCCGGGGCUUGUAGAGAGCUUUCAAGGAAAGUAUUUGCACUCAAGUGAGUACAAGAACGGAGAGAAGUUCGCUGGAAAAGAUGUUUUGGUCGUCGGAUGUGGAAAUUCUGGCAUGGAGAUUGCUUAUGAUCUAUCUAAGUGCAACGCUAAUGUCUCCAUCGUUGUUCGUAGCCAGGUGCACGUGUUAACGAGAUGUAUCGUACGGAUAGGAAUGUCGUUGCUCAGGUUUUUCCCGGUAAAAUUAGUUGACCGUUUGUGUCUAUUACUAGCGGAGCUGAGGUUUCGGAAUACUUCGAGAUAUGGGCUUGUAAGACCCAAUAAUGGCCCAUUUCUGAACAAGCUAAUCACCGGCCGGUCAGCUACCAUUGACGUCGGCUGCGUCGGAGAGAUAAAGUCCGGCAAGAUUCAGGUUGUGACGUCGAUUAAGCGUAUAGAAGGGAAGACAGUAGAAUUCAUCGAUGGAAACACCAAAAAUGUGGACUCCAUUGUCUUCGCAACUGGUUACAAAAGCAGCGUUUCAAAAUGGCUUGAGGUCGAUGAUGGAGAUCUGUUCAACGAGAAUGGGAUGCCGAAACGCGAGUUCCCGGAUCACUGGAAGGGGAAGAAUGGUUUGUAUAGUGCUGGCUUUGGGAAACAAGGCUUGGCUGGUAUUUCAAGAGAUGCUCGGAACAUUGCUAGAGACAUUGAUUCUCUGGUUUGUGGGAGAAGCAGCAAGAACAAGCUUUCCAAAUAA